AUGAAGAAUUUGUUUAAUCUGUAUAGUACAUUACUGCUGCUACUACUACUUGUCUCAGAGGUUUAUACUAAUGAAUUAAGUCAUAUAGAUGUUGAGUAUAGAUGUAAUAAUAUUGUACAAAGGACUCAUUUAGAUAUUCAGAAUAAUAACAAGUUUACACUACCCUUAUCAGUUAAUUAUUCAGAGGGGGGAUCUUCAUGUAUAUAUGAGGAUGAUGGAGUUUUGUUCCAAAUUCCUAAUUUAAAUACAUUCAUAAAAUCCAAAAUAGCCUCGGAAAUUAUCUUGACAGUCUUCCUCUUAAAUAGACAAAUUAUUGGUUUAAGUGCAUAUUCUAACUUAAAUACAAGUGAUAAUGUAGUUGUAAACGUCGAAUUUAUAGAACAACACCAAAUGGAUGAUAUCAAAAUAGAACCUUUAUUAAGUAACAAGUCUGAUAAUAAUAAACAUAAUAAAGAAAUAAAGAAUGUGUCAUUUAUACGACGUUAUUGGUGGUUAUUUAUUAUUGGAUUUAUUAUUUAUUCAAUACUUUCUGUAGAUCCAAGUACAAUUGAAGGAAUGAAUAACUCUACAGAAAAUAGUGGAUUGCAAAGAGCAACAGUAACAAGUAGAAGAUAA